AGUUGUAUACGCUCGUGUCGCUGUGCAAAAUUAAUUCUGAUAUAAAAUCCCGAAUCGUCCUUUAACCGGUCCCUUGUUAAUUAUACUUAUUAAUAAUGGAAUUGCAAGAAAUCAUACCCAAAGAUGCAGAAAAAGAACUUACAUUCUUCGUCAAUGGAAAAAAGGUGGUGGAGACUAAACCAGAUCCUGAAUGGACAUUGCUGUGGUACAUACGUCGGAAGCUAAACCUUACUGGCACCAAGUAUGGAUGUGGAGAAGGAGGGUGCGGCGCAUGUACGGUUAUGGUCUCCCAGUACUUAAGACGCGAAGAUCGAAUCAAGCACAUAGCGGUGAAUGCGUGUUUGACUCCAGUUUGCGCAAUGCAUGGACUUGCGGUGACCACAGUUGAGGGCAUUGGCUCAACAGGGGAUCGAUUACAUCCCGUGCAAGAAAGGCUCGCUAAAACACACGGCUCACAGUGUGGGUUCUGUACCCCAGGCAUAGUUAUGUCGAUGUAUGCGCUACUCAGACAAAACAUCAAACUUGAAUAUUCCGACAUAGAAACAGCAUUACAAGGAAAUUUGUGUCGAUGUACCGGAUACAGACCUAUAAUCGAAGGCUUCAAAACAUUCAUCGAUGGAUGGGAAAGAAAUUAUCUAAAUACAAAAGGCCCGUGUGCUUUAGGAAAAGAAUGUUGUAAGAAUCUAAAUAACAACGGCAAUGCAAGACUGUAUAACAAAUCAGAAUUUCAACCUUACGAUAGGACACAAGAACCAAUUUUCCCUCCAGAGUUAAAGUUAAAUAACAAAUAUGAUGAUUCUUAUUUACAUUUCAUAGGAAACAAUAGUUCAUGGAUAAGGCCAAAAAAUAUUGAAAAUGUACUGUUCUUAAAACAUAAAUAUCCCUACAGUAAAAUAGUAGUAGGUAAUACAGAAAUCGGAGUAGAAAUUCAUGUUAAGAAAAUAAAUUACCCAAUUUUUAUUUAUCCAACAUUUAUAAAGGAAAUGAAUAGUUGUAAAGUUACAAACAAUUCCAUUAUUGUUGGUGCUGCCGUCUCUUUAACCGAAUUGCGCCAAGUGAUACAAUCACAGAUCAACAAAAGGGCAGACAAAGAAUUUUUAUUGGAAACCAUUAAUGACAUGCUACACUGGUUUGCAGGCAAUCAAGUCCGUAAUGUUGCCUCAUUAGUCGGAAAUAUAAUCACAGCCAGUCCUAUAUCUGAUUUGAACCCUAUUUUAAUGGCAUGUUCUUGCACAAUUAACGUUCAUAGUUAUGAAAGAGGUCAUAAAAAAAUAACGAUAGAUGAGGACUUCUUUGUAGGAUAUAGAAAAACAGUAGUCAAAGAUGAUGAGGUUGUUAUAUCCGUUGAAAUUCCAUUCACUAAAAAAGGACAGUUAAUAAAAGCGUUUAAGCAAGCUCGACGACAAGAGGAUGAUAUCGCAAUUGUUACGGCAGGAUUCAAUGUGAUAUUUGAUGAGAACAAAAUAAUCACUAAAGCUAAAUUAUGCUUUGGUGGCAUGGGACCCAAAACUAUUUGUGCAACUAAUUCUUCUAAUCUACUCAAAGGACUUUACUGGACUGAGAAAACUUUAAAUUCAAUGUUGGAAUCUUUAACACAAGAACUUAAUUUAGCGGCUGAUGUUCCUGGAGGAAUGGCGGAAUAUCGUAAAUCACUCUGCUUAAGCUUUUUCUUUAAGUUUCAUGCAUUUGUCGUCCAAGAACUGAGUAAUAACAGUUUCAAAAUAUCUGACAGCCAUUUAUUGAGUAUAAACGAAAUACCUGCUAGAGUACCCAGCAGUUCCCAAUAUUUUGAUAUCCGCAAUGAUAUUACGCACCCCUCCGACGCAGUUGGUAAACCCAUACCUCAUGCAUCAGCAAUGAAACAAGCUACAGGAGAAGCUAUUUACUGUGACGAUAUUCCACAUAUGGAGGGAGAACUUUUUCUGUCACUCGUUUUUAGUAGUGAACCGUAUGCAAAAAUUAUAUCAAUAGAUGCCAGUCAGGCUUUGUCAACUCCUGGAGUAGUAGCUUUCUUUUCAGCAUCGGAUUUAAAUGAUGAAGGUAACAAAAUGGGCCCAAUUAAAAAAGAUGAGGAAAUAUUUAGUAAAGAAAUUGUUACAAGCCGAUCGUGUGUCGUAGGAGCAGUAGUUGCGAAAUCUGAAUCAGCAGCUAGGUACGCUAAAAAUUUAAUAUCAGUCACGUACGAAAAAAUGGAACCUGUUAUUAUUACAAUAGAAGAAGCUAAAGAGCAUAAGUCAUACUUUUCAAAACCUAAAAUUUGUAUAAAGGGUGAUGUUGAGAAUGCCUUUGCAAAUGCUCCACAUGUAUUAGAAAAUUGUUUAAGAAGCGGAGCGCAAGAACAUUUUUAUUUGGAAACGAUGUCCGCAUACGCAAUAAGAAAAGAAGAUGAGCUUGAGAUUAUUUCAAGUACCCAAAAUCCAGCUGAUAUAGCACACAUUGCAUCAGAAGCCCUUGGCAUACCAAAUCAUAAAAUUGUAUCCAAAGUCAAAAGACUAGGUGGAGGUUUUGGUGGUAAAGAAACAAGAGCAGCAUUAUUAGCUUUACCUGUAGCAGUAGCCGCAUAUAAAUUAAAGAAACCUGUCCGAGCGGUGCUAGACAGAAGUGAAGAUAUGCAAGCGUCAGGUUACAGACAUCCUUUCUUUACUAAAUACAAAGUGGCAUUUACCAAAGAUGGUAGAAUUAUAGGACUUUCUGUUGAAAUGUACUGUAAUGCAGGAAAUUUCAUGGAUAUAUCUUGUUCGAUGAUCGAAAGAGCAGUUUUCCACGUAGACAACACUUAUUACAUACCGAAUGUAAAAGUUAAAGGCUAUAUUUGUAAGACAAAUUUACCGUCAAAUACAGCUUUUAGAGGAUUUGGAGCGCCACAAGCGAUGUUAGCCACCGAAGCCAUGAUCAGAGACGUAGCUACGAUACUAAACAAAACUUACGAAGAAGUCGCAGAAAUCAAUAUGUAUCAAGAAGGUCAACUGACUCAUUUUAAUCAAAAGCUCACGUAUUGUACGAUUUCAAGAUGUUGGAAUGAAUGCAUACAAAGUUGCGAUUACUGGCAAAGAAAAAAACAAGUAGAAGAUUUUAACAGAACUAACAGAUGGAAGAAGAAAGGUAUAACGGUGCUUCCUACGAAAUAUGGUAUCUCAUUCCAAACUGAUCUCCUCAUGCAAGGAGGCGCUUUGCUGCUCGUCUACAACGACGGUUCAGUCUUGCUGUCCAUUGGCGGGAUAGAAAUGGGGCAAGGGUUGUACACGAAAAUGAUUCAAGUCGCUUCCAGAGCCCUGGAGGUAGACGUGAGCAGGAUUCACAUCAGCGAAAUGUCCACAGACAAAGUGCCAAAUAGUUCACCCACCGCUGCAAGUAUUAGCUCUGAUUUGUACGGCAUGGCUGUGUUAGAUGCAUGCAAGACCCUAAAGAUAAGACUGGAACCGUACAAAGUCAAAAAGCCUGACGGAAAAUGGGAAGAUUGGGUUAUGGAGGCGUAUUUGGAUAGAGUGAGUCUUUUCGCAACAGGGUUUUAUAAAGCGCCAAAAAUCGAAUACAACGCAGAGACGAAUAGCGGUAAUUUGUUCGAAUAUUUCACUUACGGCGUGGCUUGUUCUGAAGUAAUGAUUGACUGUCUAACUGGUAAUCAUCAGGUAUUAAGAACCGAUAUAGUCAUGGAUGUCGGCGAGAGCUUAAACCCGGCUAUCGAUAUUGGACAAAUAGAAGGUGCCUUUAUGCAAGGCUAUGGUUUUCACACUAUUGAAGAAAUGAUUUUUUCACCUACUGGAGAAGUCUUAUCGAGGGGUCCUGGUGCAUACAAGAUACCCGGAUUUUCAGAUAUACCGAACAUUUUCAAUGUAUCAUUAUUGAAAGGUGCCCCUAACCCGAGAGCAGUUUAUUCUUCAAAGGCUAUCGGUGAACCACCACUCUUUCUGGCGGCCUCAGUGUUCUUCGCCAUCAAGGAGGCUAUAAGAUCAGCGCGGCACGACGCCCAGGUCUCAGAAGAUUUUGUGCUUGAUUCUCCUGCCACGUGCGAGAAGAUCCGCAUGGCCUGUGAAGACCAUAUUACUAAAAAGGUCCAGCCAACCAUUGAGAAAGGUGGACGACCAUGGAAUGUGAUCGUAUAGUCUUCGUUUUUAUAAACCAAAAUAUAUGUUUUGCAUUUUAAACGUGUUGCACAGGUUUAUUUUAUUAUUUGUAACUUGAUAUUUCUCUUAUCUUUAUAA